AUGGUCUUCGAGCAGCCAUCAGUUAAAGGAAAUGGCACUUACGGAGAUUUCGUGCGGAAAGAUGGGAGAUUCCGUGUAUUCAAUCUGGCUAUGAAAGGGCUUCAGCGCGGAACUAAACAACUUGUUACCGAGGAAUGUUUGUUGAGCUCCUAUCUUAAACCAGAGCAUUUGGUAUCUUGCAACGACUUUCACCCUGGGUUGAAGACUGUCAAUCUCAAUACGAAGGUAAGCUCACGUCUCUACAUGCACGGCCUUUGUACUUACGCCUACUCAAUCAGAAAGGUCAACGAGCUCGUCAACAAAACUACACGGGCUUUCGAAAAUGAGAAGCGAAGCCAACUUCCCCAGUGGCAAACAAGCGAGCUUGUGUGUUGCAAGGUGCUGGAAUUCAAGGGCGGCGAUUUCCAGCAGUGGCCAACGUCACCCUUGGAGCUGCUCAUGGUGCUUCGUGAUGCAAUAAAGGCACAUCAGUCUCUUUACCUGGAUGGGAACAUCCUUCAUCGGGAUAUUUCAGAGAACAAUAUAAUAAUAACCAAUCCUGAAAAGGCGGAUGGUCACACGGGCAUGCUAAUCAAUCUGGAUCUUGCUAUGGAAGUCGGCAGUGAGCGCAGCGGCGCACAGCACCAGACCAGCACAAUGGAGUACAUGGUGAUUGAGGUGCUCCUUAAUGUCGACCAUACCUAUCAUCAUGACCUCGAGUCAUUCUUCUACAUGCUUAUCUGGCAAUGUGGCCAUCGCGGUUGGGAGAAACUGGAUGAGCUACAGAGACAUGGACAGGACCAGUCGAAAGACAGCAUGCUCAGAGAAUGGUAUACUGGAACUUAUAAGAAUAUUGCAACUUAUAAGCAAGGCAACAUGGAAGCUGGUGGAUUUGAAUACCUUCUGCAGGAGUUUCCACCAGGAUUCGAGUGUGUCAAGCCUCUUUGCAGGACCAUACAAGGUGUGCUGUUUCCUUAUGGGAAGGAAGGACUUAUUGUCGGAACACCGCAAGACCCAAAAUGGCUGUAUGAUCCUAUUAUUAAGCCGUAUGAUGAUGCGAUAGCUCUGAUUGAAACUUAA